AUGUGGUGGACGAUUUUGGCCUUUUGUGUUUUGUCCUAUGUGGGAAGUGUUAUGACAACCAUCUUCGUCUGUGACGACCAGAAGGCGAAGUACAACUACGGUAUGUGCGCGAAACCGAAUGAGCAGAAACGCGCACAGUUCAGCCUAUGGUUCGCGUACGCAGUAGAUGUAGCUGGUGAUCUCGCAGGUCCGUAUGCCAAUUCUAUCGACUAA